UCCUCGGACUUUCCCCCCUCUACUCCGCUUCCCUUCCUCUCUCCUUCGUCCUCUCCUCUCCGUUCCAAUCCAAGCCGCGUCGCUGGGAAAUUUGCAGCCUCGAUCUCCGCCCGGGAAGACGCGGAUCCGGAGGAGGAAAGCAGCAUCGGUCUCCAUCUCCUCGGGCUCAAUCUUUCGUGGUCUCCCUCUUCUGAUCUCGCAAUGGCGAGCGGCGCCUACGGUUCAAGGGAAGGGCUGACGGCCAGGCCGGCUGCAUCAUCAAGCUCCAGCGAGAUUUCGCUCCAGAUCGACCCAAUUACCGCUGAUUUGGAUGACCAUAUUGUCGGACUUCGUGGGCAAGUCCGUAAGCUAAGAGGGGUUGCCCAAGAGAUCCAAACAGAGGCCAAGUACCAAAAUGAUUUCAUCUCUCAGCUGCAAAUGACUCUGACAAAGGCCCAGGCAGGCGUCAAGAAUAACAUGAGGAGAAUAAACAAGAAAAUCAUACAGAAUGGUUCGAACCAUCUUUUUCAUGUAAUCCUCUUCGCUCUCGUCUGCUUCUUUCUAGUGUACCUCGUGUCCAAGUUCUCUAGGAGAUGAUGAAGCACCAAGACCUGACAAAAGGGAGAGAUCGAGUAAAAUGUUAGUUGGUACCUCCGUCAAUGGCAGUUGGCAGACACUGUGUUUUGAGGUUCAUGUUACAGUACUACGGCAGAAUAAGUUGAUAGUUGGUGAAAAAAAGUGUCAUUCCCCUGUAUCUUGUACAAGAAUUCCAUAUUCCAUGACAAUGUGAAUAUAUUCCAUGAUGUUUGGGCCCAUA